AUGGUGGUGCAGGCUUCAAACCAUAUCAAGACGGCCGCGCAUGCCCGAGGGGGCGUCCGCAAAUGUCCAUGCGACAACGAGUCUCGUUGGGCCAUGGAACCUGCAGACAAAAUCACUGGCAUCAGCAUUGGCGCUGCUUCAUGCGUAAACUCCAUUAAGAUAACCUUCGACAUCGACGGAACCACUCGCGUAACUCCCAGAUAUGGAGGCCCCGGCGGUGAACUAUUCCAGUUUACUCUCAUGCAAGAUGAAUACCUCACCUCCGUUUCUGGGUAUGUCAAACACGACUGUUCUGAAUUUCCAUGUGUAUCUCAACUCACGUUUACCACCAAUCUUGCAAAGACAUACGGUCCAUAUGGAGGUGGGGGUGGAACCUUUUUCGAAGUCAAUGUAGAAUAUGACGAGAUUAAGGGCUUCUUUGGCCAUGCAACUGAAGAGUAUCUCACUGCAUUUGGAGUCUACGUGAUGCUGGCUUAG